GCCGGGCCGGGCCGGGCCGCCAUCAUGCUGAGCCGGCUCGGGGCGCUGCUGCAGGAGGCCGUGGGGGCGCGGGAGCCCAGCAUUGACCUGCUAGAAGCCUUCGUGGAGCACUGGAAGGGCAUCACACACUACUACAUCGAAAGCACAGAUGAGAACACCCCAGCCAAGAAAACAGAUAUUCCCUGGCGGCUGAAGCAGAUGCUGGACAUCCUGGUGUAUGAGGAGAGGCAACAGGCAGCAGCCAGUGAAGCCGGGCCCUGCCUGGAGUACCUGCUGCAGCACAAGAUCCUGGAAACUCUGUGCACACUGGGCAAGGCUGAGUACCCUCCAGGCAUGCGGCAGCAGGUGUUCCAGUUCUUCAGCAAAGUGCUGGCUCAGGUACAGCACCCACUCCUGCAUUACCUCCAUGUCCACAGGCCUGUGCAGAAACUUCUCCGACUUGGUGGGACAGUUCCUGGAUCCCUUACAGAAAAGGAGGAGGUACAGUUUACCACUGUCCUCUGCUCCAAAAUCCAGCAGGACCCAGCCCUGCUCACCUACAUCCUGGAGGGUAAAAAGAUGGUCGGGAAGAAGAAGUUAUCCAGAGAACCCAGUGUUCCGCCCAGAGAAACAGCCAGCAUCCAGAACAAAGACCACCCCCAUAGUCAGGCUCCCAAUGGGGCUCCCUGUGGGGCCUGGGCCUUGACCACCCAGCUGCCUGCAGAGACCGAAGAGCCAGAUGGAGGGAUCGGGGAGAGCAACCUGAUCAUCUCUCUGAUUGGGUUGUGUAAGAGCAAGAAAGGUCGGGUGGCCCUAAAGGCCCAGGAGAACCUGCUGCUUCUGGUGAGCGUGGCUUCCCAGCCAGCAGCCACCUACCUGGUGCAGAACAGCCUUUGCUGCCCCGCGAUCGUUGGGCACCUUUGCCAGCUAUACCAGUCCAUGCCUGCCUUCCUGGACCCCGCAGACAUUGCCACAUUAGAGGGCAUCAGCUGGAGGUUACCCAGUGCCCCAUCUGAUGAGGCUUCCUUCCCUGGCAAGGAGGCCUUGGCUGCUUUCCUAGGCUGGUUUGAUUACUGCGACCACCUGAUCACGGAGGCUCACACGGUGGUUGCAGAUGCCCUGGCAAAGGCUGUGACUGAGAAGUUAUUUGUGGAGAUUCUGCAGCCCCAGCUACUGCACGUGUCUGAGCAGAGCAUCCUGACUUCCACCGCCCUGCUCACAGCCUUGCUGCGCCAGCUCCGUUCCCCUGUGCUGCUGCGGGAGGCUGUGGCUUUCCUCCUGGACACUGACCAGCCACCGGCAGCCCUCGGGGACAGCCCCCACACUCUGUGCUCCCACCUCAUCAGGCACUGUGACCACCUUUCUGAUGAGAUCAGCAUCACCACGCUGCGGCUGUUUGAGGAGCUGCUGCAGAAGCCCCACGAGCGGAUCAUCCACAGUCUUGUCCUGUGCAACCUUGAGGGCCGCCCCUACGUGGCCCGGUGCUCCCCUGAGCCCGAGAGCUAUGAGGAUAACCUAGACCUGGAGGAGGACCCCUACUUCACCGAUGGCUUCCUUGACUCCGGCUUUCAACCUUCUACAAAGCCUCCCCCAGCCCCUGCCACCAACUCAGAUGGCAAAACUGCAGUGACAGAGAUUGUCAACAGUUUCCUCUGCCUGGUUCCUGAGGAAGCCAAGACCUCUGCUUUCCUGGAGGAGACCGGAUAUGACACGUACGUCCACGAUGCAUAUGGGCUGUUCCAGGAGUGCAACUCCCGAGUCGCACCUUGGGGCUGGCCCCCAGAUCCCACGCCCCUGGACCCCCAUGAGCCUGAACGGCCUUUCUUUGAGGGUCACUUCCUUCGAAUGCUGUUUGAUCGCAUGUCCCGGAUUUUGGAACAGCCAUACAGCCUGAACCUGCAAGUGACCUCAGUCCUGUCCCGGCUAGCCCUCUUCCCCCACCCGCAUAUCCACGAGUACCUCCUGGAUCCCUACAUCAGCCUGGCCCCUGGCUGUAGGAGCCUGUUCUCUGUGCUGGUCAGGGUGAUUGGGGACUUGAUGCAGAGAAUUCAGAGGGUACCCCAGUUCCCAGGCAAACUACUCCUGGUGCGCAAGCAGCUGAUGGGGCAGGUUCCUGGGGAGCAGCUGGACCACCAGACUCUCCUCCAGGGCGUGGUAGUACUCGAGGAGUUCUGCAAGGAGCUGGCUGCCAUUGCUUUCGUGAAGUUCCCCCCACACGGUCCUCACCUGAGCCUCUCCCCGCUCCCAGAAGGGCAUAUCUGAGCCAGGAGCAUGAUGGGAGGGGAGACUUUUGUCCACACCUCCUCCCGCCCAGCUCUGCCACCAUCAUUCUCCUCCUGGGGCGGGGGCUUGGCUCCAUGUCCUUUACACCCCAGGGUGUGCCUCCGUGGAAGCCUGGGCUUCAGCUCCCAGGUUAGCUCAAGACAACCUUGGCCUGUUGACCACACUAGACUUGGUUUUAGGGAGUGGGACUCUGAGGUACCAGAUGCCAAGGAGCAAGAGGCGGCCUCCCAGGCAGCUUGGCGUCCUCGGGACCUCCUUGGGGAAGCUGGGUAACAGCCAGGUGAGCACUGGGACCCAGCCCCGCACAUGUUCUGUGUCUAGCACCCUUCUCCAGUGGCCAUUUGUUGCUGGGGCCAAGACUUGUGACUCAGUUCUAGGCACACGGGGGAGUGAUUGGAUAGCCUGACGUUGGUCAUGACCAUUCACCCAAGGAUGGGGACAAGGGAGCCCUGUCAUGUCACACUAGGUACAAUAGAUGCUGCGGAGACUUGACAUUUUUUUCCUCCCGCCUUCCAGGCUUAACCAUGGGAAGGGGCUGUAGACAGCAGGGAAAGCCCCCUCUUCCUGCUCAGCCCUCCUGGAGACUGUUGCAAAAUUUCCAACUGCCUCAUGGCAAAUGCCCAAAGCAUGUUCCGCGCCCAGGCGGGGGCAGCUGCUAAUGAGAGCCUUGAUGCAACUGUAGCCAGGGCGGGAGAGGGCCUGGGGAGCUGGGGGGCUGGGUGCCAGGCUCCAACUCCAGCUGGUUUCUCCCUGGCGCCUCUGAACCCGUCUCAGCAGGUCCACAACACCUGGGCAGAGGGGCUUGGAGACAGCAAGAGGGAGGCGAGACCUUGCUCUUGGCGAAGUGAGAUACUCUUGUAGGGGAGCAGGGAACUCAGAGUAGAGAUGAGGCCAGGAUGCCCACCUGACUACAGACCCCAAGCCUGGUGGAAGGGGUGGCAGUACGGGCAGCCAGUCGUGAUGUUCUCCCUGCAUGCCCUCUGUGGCUGGGGCUGCCACCCCGCCCGGCCCGAAUCUGUCUCGACCUGCAGGAACACAGAGGCAGCGCCAGGCAUUACCUCACAGCAGGACUGCAGCGGCUGGCUUCGCUCCUGGGCAAGGAGGAGCAGGCCAGAGCCCCUUGUGCUUCCUUUUCCUGCCCAUGCCGCUUCUAGAAGCUGGCCGCAGGUUGCCAAGAGGUGACAUGAAAGAGGAGGAAACUCAAUAACCUCUACCUCUCCUGCAUUCCUCAAGUUGGGGAGGACUGAACUGCAGCUCUGAGAGACACGGGGCAUGUGUGUGCGCGCCCACUGGGUGUGGGUGGGGGGCUGGGGAGCAGAACUCAGUGGAUGAGCUGGGCCUAGACUCUUCGAUUCAGAAAAUGUCCACAAGCCCAGGAAUUGGACAUUGCCCUCCUCGACGUACUUGGCACUCGCGCGGCGUCCUCCCAGACAGCUUGGCAAUAAAUGGUGUGGUUGCGUGGACACAGCCGCCCUCUUCUUCUCCACCCUUUGCGUCCUUCUGCCCAGGGCUUCGCUGCUAAUUCGGACCAGUCUUCCUCCCCUAGGAAGACAGAUUCCUUUUCCAGCUCUGGAGCUAAGUGGGCGAGGUGAGGGAGGGUAGGGAGGAGGGCUCUGCAGUGCACACCUGAUGUUCCUCUGCGCCUGCCAGGCAGCAGCCUCCCUCUUGGCCAAGCAGCUCUACUGUUCAGCUACCUACGCCCGAGCGCCAGCUGCCCCUGAUACCGCAGGGGGCUGGGCCAUCUGGAAGCAUCUGUAUGCAAGUCUCCUUUUUUAAGUGUUCCUGUUAGGGGUUGUGUCACUUCUUUAGUGGUAAACGGUGGGCCUGGUAUUUUAAAAAAAACUUGUCCCUAAGUGUGUGUGUUGCACCUUUGAGGGGGGUCACCAAAAACAUUCCAGGGCAGGGCUGGAGACAGCUGAUCAGCGGCUCUCAACUCGGUGAUGUCAGAAUCACUUGGGUUGCUUUCUAAAAUAACAGUGCCCCAGGGCCCACCCUCCACAAGUUAAAUCAGAAUCUCUGGGGUGGUCCCUGAGUUUUGAAAGCGCUCCAGGUGAUUCUAAUAGGCACCCGGGGUUGAAGACUAGCAGGCUAACUCACGGGAGCAGAGACCAUUACCCUUGAGCGUAGGGAGGGACUCGUCAUCCCUCAGACACUGAGAAAAAUGAACCGAAGCGAGAGGUCUGCUUCCAUCAUUUGGAAGAUGUUAGUCCUCAGAGGGGACGAGAUGACCCCUACGAUGGUCCCGGAGGCUAGAAAGACAUGGCAGCUGAAAGGUUAUCCUGCUUCUGCAGAGUGUCCGUGUUCCCUCAGAAGCUGAGCCACGUGGGUGUUUUCUGUACGGUAGAUGCAGUGAGUAGCGCAUGAAACAUGGUCUACUUUCUUUGGUUUCCCCUCACAUUUUAGUAAAGUCCUCUUUAAAAAGUAAUCCCUACCAUGAUUCAGCUGGACUAAAGGGGAAGGAGAAAAGAUUUGGCUCUGGCUUGGGCUGAGCUGUGAAAAGGCAGAGGCAGCAUUUAGAGCUUU